AUGAUGGAUAGGGGGAAUCAUCCCAUCGUAUUUGAUGUAUUCGCACAUGAAAAGGAUUUGAACAACUCCAUCAUCAAUGCCGCAUUCUUAUUAUUAUACAAGGACCUGAUUCGACUUUUUGCAUCUUACAACGAAGGAAUGAUCAAUCUGAUUGAAAAAUAUUUCACAUUGAAACUAAAGGAGUGUCGGCUGGGUAUGGAUCUUUAUCACAACUUCCCUGGAAUUUUGGACAAAAUCACCGAGUUUCUGACUCUAGCUGAAGGUCUCGGAAUCGGGGAUAAAGAUAGUUUGGGGUUGCAACCGGUCCCGGAAAAAGUGAUACAUGCCAUGGAGCAGCAUUUGGCGAUAUUAGAGAGCAAAAAGGGCUCUGACAACGAAGACGACAGUGGUGUCGACCAUCGAACACCAUCGAGACCUGCUCCCCCAAAGAAACCCAAUGUCCCCGUUCCUCUGCCACCCACAAAGCCUGAUGAACUCCGGUCCCAAGUUACAGACCAACUGGCUGAUCUUGUAGCACCUGAGUCCGAGGACGCAUCACAUACUGGCACUGAUGCCCAAAUUGCUCGGGGCGCGGCGACGAUAAAUGCGGAAGAAGCACAUGAUGCUGAGGGAGCGGAUCAACAUGCUGCCUGUCCAACUGUAGUCGUGAAUGACGAAGUCUCUGUCCUCAGCGCCGGCAAUGACACGGUUGGCUGGCUUGAGGCGGUUGAUGUGUACAACAGUGGACCAUCCGGGACUGGCGGACGACAGGCGAUAGGUGACGUCGGGAACCGCUUGGUUUAUGGUGUACGGACCUUUCCUUGGGCGAUGGAACUUCUCAGGCACCCCGGGGGUGGCACGGGGUCUGAUAGCCAAACGCUGUCCCCGGAACCGCACAUGCGCAUGGAUUGUCGUCGGUCGAAAUAG